AUGAGUAUUCACACUCAUACGAAUUCAUCCCUCCAUUACUCUCUUAUCUUCUUCUCUUCCUUGCAACCCCAAGAAAAGAAAUAGAAAAUAAUACAAUCAAGUAUGGACCAAGACCUCAUCUCUCCAAUUCAAUCCAAACUCCAAUCCUUAAUCCUUAACCCACAACUCCAUAAUUGGUCCUUCGCCAUUUUCUGGAACCUCACAACCACUCCCUAUUCUUCCCAUUCUUGUUUCCAUCCCCACUCUCUUUUCCCUUCUUCCGUCGCCCACUCCCUCAUUUCCUCUCCCCAUUUCCCCUUCUCCGAUCUCACCACUGCCCCCGCCGUCGUCUGGCUCAACCACCCUUCUCUGUUUUUCCAACAAACCCACCGAGGGAAACAACUCCAAUCCUUGGGGAUCAAUACUCUCGUCUCUAUUCCAACCCCGGAUGGGGUUUUGGAAUUGGGCUCUCCCGAUUCAAUCCCACACGAUUUCGAGUUAUUAAAACGAAUCGGAACCGAAUUCGGGUUUAGUUUGAAGAAACCAGAGAAUAAUCCUUCAACCCAUGUGGAAGCAGAGAGGCAGAGACGGGAGAAGCUUAAUGAUCGGUUCAAUUCACUUCGAUCUGUAGUUCCCAAUGUUUCGAGAAUGGAUAAAGCGUCGUUGUUAUCGGACGCCGUGUCGUAUAUUAACGAGUUGGAAAUGAAGAUCUCGGAGAUGGAAUCUCGGGUUUUGAAGGAGAAGAAGGAGAAGAAGAACGGUGUUGAUGAAAAUGAAAUGGAGGAAGAAGCCAGUUCGAGAGAUCGGCGAGAGAGGGGAAUUGAGAUCGAUGUGAAGAUUAUUGGUGGAGAUCGGGCUGUUAUUAGAGUUGAGAGUAGGAAUUUGAGUUACGCUGUGGCGAAAUUAAUGGAAGCGCUUAGAGAUUUGGAGUUGAAGGUUGAACAUGGGAGUAUGUGGAAUUUGAAGGAUCUUACAUUGCAAGAUUUGGUUGUUAGAGUUCCUUCUGGCCAUGGAUAUUCUAGCGAUGAAGGUAUUAAGAAAGCACUUCUUGCAAUCUUAGAGCAUGCUACUAACAAUAAUGAUAACAUAUGAGUAUUAAUUACUAAUUAGAGGAUUGUGAUUUUAUAUGCAUGGUGUUUCAUCCUAAGUUGAUGACAAUCAGUAAUUCAUGUAUAAUGUAAUGAAGUUUUUUCAUUCCUUUGACGCUAAAAGUUUUAGGUUUAGUUUUCGAUUUGAUAAGAUUCUUAUAAAUUACUAUUAUUAUU